CCGUUCAGAGAUCCCACAUUAACGUGCGAACAGACAUAGAGAUAAGACGUAAUAAAGAUGUUAAUGAAGUUGAAUUUACUUGUGAUCUGUGCUGUGAUAAUUAAUUUUAGUAACUGCAAAAAUUGUGGUGGUGAUUUAAAAUGUGUGAAUGAUAAAAUUGGUGAUGUGAUUCCUCCGAAUUUAAAUUAUACAUUAGACAAAAUUGAAGGUAUUUCGCAAGAUGAUAAUGAAAGGUUAUUGUCUAACUUGUCUAGUUAUUUAGUGAAGACUUUUUCUGGUUACAUAAUACAGGAUCCUUUAGUAAAGUCACGUACAAAAAAUGCUCAUAUUUAUGUACAAACAUUUAAAGUAAACAAAAACGGAGCUGAAAUUAAACCGAUUCUACAUGCCGAUAAUUCUAAUGUAUCUGACACGAAUAAAAAUUUUACAAAAUUUCACACUAAUAUCCGUAAUAAUACCGUAUCACAAGAAGAAAAUAACAUUACAAGUAAAAAUUAUAACGCACUCGUAACAAAUGAAUCCAUGACAAGAACUACUACAAAGUCCGAUACGAUUGAAAGUUACGACACUGAACUAAAAAGUAUAGAUAAUAUAAAUUAUCCAAAGCUCGAGUAUCUUUACAAUUUUAAUUACACUAACGAACAGAAAUCAUUCACUACUCCUGUAUAUUUAAAUACAGAUUAUACUCCAAAAGAACAUGAAAAUAUUGAGUCUAGUACAGUAGACUUUGCUGACAUACCGAAAGUUACGACUUCUGAUAACAUACCUUCAGUUCCAACUUCUGUUGAUUUUGGCCACGAUGAGACUCCAAAAACAAAUAACAAUAUUGAGUUUGUCGUAGACAACACUACUGAGGUAGCGGGCACAGUCGCAACAGCUGAAAUAAAUUACAGUGAAAUUAAUGAGAAAGGUCGAAUCCAUAAUGUUCAGCCACAAGACACAAUUCAUAAUAUGAACAUGUUAAAAAACACUGAGGUUGUGGACACAGUGAAAACAGCUGAAAUCGAUGAGAAAGAGGGAAUCAAUAAUGUUCAACCACAGGACACAAUUCAUAAUAUGAACAUAUUAAAAAAUACCGAAGUUAUGGACACAGUGAAAACAGCUGAAAUUAAUGAGAAAGAUGGAAUCGUUAAUGUGCAACCACUAGACACAAUUCAUAAUAAAAACAUGUUAAACACCACUGAGGUUGUGGAUACAGUGCGACCAGCUAAAAUAAAUUACAGUGAAAUUAAUAAGAAAGAUGGAACCAAUCAUUCUCAACCACAGAACACAACUCAUAAUAUAAACAUGUUAAGGGAAUCAGUUAACAUUAAAUUUAAUUAUAUUGAUGACCCAAACCAAGCUUUUCGUGAUAUUAAUGAUAUUGAAAUCGAUCAGAAUGUUAAUGAUAACUUGACAGAUUAUCUGGAUAUCGAUUAUGUUGAUAUUUAUAAAGAUACAGUGAAUGAUGAUGUCGAAUAUACACCCUCUGUCUAUGUACCUACAACUACAGUUGCCCCAAAAAUUACGAUUAACCAGAACCCAGCUGACAAAAUAGAGUCCGUUUAUCCAUGGAUAGCUACAGUAUUUGUGAUGGACAAGGACAGUAAACAAUUUGAAUACAUUUGUGAUGGCGUGCUACUCUCUAAACGCGUUGUUCUCACUGCUGCCCGAUGUGUCAUCAGAGCUAACGCGACAGUGAAUGUCGACAAUGUCCUAAUUAUCCUGGGCAAGAGAUCAUUGCAGUCUACGGGUGAUAAUGAAAAAGUUACCAGGGUGAUAUCCAUUAAGGUUCACGACAGUUUCAUCUCCACCGAAGAAAAGGCAGAUAACGACUUGGCGAUAGCCGUACUGGCCGCGCCUGUGGAGUUCAACGUCGACAUACAGCCCGCUCCGUUGCGGAUAGACCAUAAAUCAGCUGCAGUUUCAACAGUCACAACAGGUUGGCAAAUAGGUGGUUCUUUACAACCGAUAUACUUGGGACUGCAGUCUACAGAAAAAUGCAAGAUGGACGCCAACUGCAAUAAACUGAUCUGUGCAACUAUGAGUGACAGUGAAACCACAUGUCCAAGCUACGGAGGCUUGUUGGUACAACGCCACAGCAACGACCACUGGAGGCUGAAAGGCAUCGCCAGUGGCAACCCUACCAACAUGGGCUUAUGCUUCAACCGACACCUCACAUUUACUAAUAUCGAUAACUAUCUUGACUGGAUUGAAAAAUACAUACUUAUGUCGUACUUAUUUUAAGUUAUUUAGUUUAAAAGUAGUUUCAAUUAAGUGUUUGUGUACAAUAAAGUUUAGAAUUAAAUUGUUUAAAAACUGA